UUAUGAGCAAUCUCUUGAAAGCACUAGUAAUACUAACACCUAAAAAAUAGAGUAGAUGAGCACAGUGCGCUAAUGAAAGAACUCAUGGAUGCUUAUACGGUUAAACAUGGUGAUGAUCAUGGGUUUACUGCGUCGAAUUAUUGCGUCUUCGCUUUCAACGCCAGCCAGGAAUUCCAGCUAUCCAUGCCAUUGCUAUCAUCAGUUAUUCGUAGCUCGGUUUCUUCAUAAUGCUGCAAAACCUGAAGGUGAUACAGUUGUAAAUGCCAUCUGUUACUCUUUAAGGAAAGGCUAUAACUGGGACACUCUGAGUCGAAAGUUUCAGUCUGUUGAGCUUAACCACUUGCUGGUUGAAAAUGUACUGUUGGAACUGAAGGAGCCAAUUGAUGCAAAAAGGGCUCUAGGAUUCUUCCACUGGUCCGCACAGAGGAAGAAUUUUGCACACGAGGUUCGGUCCUAUGGUCUUAUGGUUAGUAUACUAGUUCGGGCCCAACUGCUUAGUGAUGCUCAGGCAUUGCUUGAAUCAGUUUUGAAAAAAAAUGUUGGAGACUCUUCAACGUUUUUGGUUGCAGAUUCCUUGCUUGCUAGCUAUAAGGUUAUUGUCUCAAGUCCAUUGGUGUUUAACUUGUUGGUUCAGGCUUAUUCUAAGUUGAGAUUGUUUGAAAUUGGCUUUGAAGUUUGCUGUUAUUUGGAAGAACAUGGGUUCUCUCUGAGCGUUACAAGUUAUAAUAGUUUGAUUCAUGUUGUCCAAAAAUCUAAUCAGAAUUCUCUAAUCUGGAAGAUUUAUGAGCACAUGAUUCGAAGAAAAAUUUAUCCAAAUGAAGCAACAAUCAGAAUCAUGAUCAAUGGUUUAUGCAAGGAAGGGAAAUUACAAGCAACUGUGGAUAUAUUGGAUAGAAUUAAUGGAAAAAGAUGUCCCCCGCUAGUGAUUAUAAAUACUUGUUUGAUAUACAGGAUUUUAGAAGAGGGGAGAAUUGAAGUUGGUAUGGCUUUAUUGAAGGGAAUGCUACAAAGGAAUAUGAUUCUUGAUACCGUUGCCCACUCUUUAACCGUCUAUGCCAAACUUAGGCUUCAAAAUUUUGAUUCGGCGUUGGAGGUCUAUGAAGAAAUGCUCAAGCGAGGUUUCAGCGCAAAUUCUUUUGUCCAUACCUCAUUCAUAGGGGCUUAUUGCAGUGAAGGGAAAAUUGAUGAAGCAAAUUGGUGGUUUGGAGAAAUGGAAAACACGGGCUUGAAGCCUUAUGGCGAGUCUUUUAACUCUCUCAUUGAGGGUUGUGCUAAGGCAGGAAAACUGGAGGAAAGUUUGAGUUACUGUGAGAAAAUGAUUGAGAGAGGACUCGUUCCUAGCCUGUUGGCUUUUAACGAAAUGGUGGGGAAGCUACGGGAAAUUGGGGAAGUAAAGCAAGCAAAUGCAAUGCUUACUCGUAUAUUAGAUAAAGGGUUCUCACCAAACGAGACUACGUACUCAUAUCUUAUUCGUGGUUAUGAGAAAAACGAUCAGAUUCAGGAAGUUCUCAAACUCUACUAUGAAAUGGAGUAUCGAUUGCUCUCCCCUGGAUUACUUACUUUCACAUCCUUGAUUAGGAGUCUUUGUCAGUGUGGAAAUCUAGAUCAAGCAGAAAGAUAUUUAAGAAUUAUGAAAGAACGUUCACUGGAUCCAAGUGAGGAUACUUAUGAGGCUCUGAUCACUGGCUACAUUGAGAAGGAUGGAGCUAAAGCUCUUCACCAUUACAAUGAGAUGAUUUCCAAAGGAUUCAAACCUUGCUGCUCUUAUGAUUUUGAUAGAACGUGAGAGUUGGAGGUAAAUUUGAAAUGAGCAUUUUAAAGCGCAGAUUCAAAGGAAUUUGCAAGGUUCAUUUAAAUUUACAAAUACUGCACAACCUACUGGAAGUACUCUGCAGUCGUGGUGCUAAGCCGGUGAAUUUGAUUUAAGUGAUCGCCAUCUCAGAGAUGGAUGGCUGAAGUGUAUAGCUAUAAAUUACUUUCCUCGUUGUUUUCAGAGUAGAAAAAUGAACACAAGCCACAAAAAAGAGCUUUUGCUGCAUUAGAAACUUAUAAAAUGGCAUGGACAUCAGAUACAGGAAGCUUGCAAACACAUUUUUUUUUACACCAAAGUUAUAAUUUUAAUGGAAAUUCAGAGAGUUGUUUCAUUUUGCCAAAGUUAAGGGCUGUCUCAUCAUCCCUUAACUUUGGCAAUUUGUUUAUGAGGAAAUUUGUUUGUUGUAAAUUGCUGAAUUAAUGACAAGUUUCACCAUCAUUUGGACUGUCAAUUUAUACUGCAAAGCAGUGAGUAUUAUCCUUGCUAGUUUACAUUGUAGCCUGUCUAUGAGUAUGAUUAAUCUCCUUGAGCUUCUUUAGCAGAACCGAAUAAUUGGUGAAGACAAUAGGGUAAAAUUGUAUCAAAAGAAGCUACUUAUGUAUGUAACUGUGUCUGUCACGUGUACCGUGUUUUUUUUAGAGGUUACUGUGUUUAUGAAAUCAAUUUAAUUUUAGGAUUA